GACGAAGUUACCCUUUGCCAAACAAACAUGGCGGAAAGAGAAGUGGAUACUAGCAAUGGCGCUAGCGGGUCAGCGGAUAAUUGUAUUGAUUUAGGGGGUACUGUGUCACUGACAGCACCUGAAGAUGAGAGGUCGGAGAGUCCUGCAGCUCAGUAUGACCAGGACCUCAAAAGCGUCCUGGUCACCAGCGUUUUAAACCUAGAGGAGCUCGACGUGGACCUGUACAGAGGGACACACCACUGGGUGCCCCGCAGUCAGCGUUUGUUUGGGGGUCAAAUAGUCGGUCAGGCCCUUGUAGCUGCCGCCAAAUCUGUCAACGAUAAUCUGUAUGCCCAUUCUCUCCACUGCUACUUUGUACGAGCAGGGGAUCCUAAGGUUCCAGUGCUGUACCAGGUGGAGCGCACAAGAGAUGGGCGCAGUUUCACAGUACGCUCUGUGAAGGCCAUCCAGCAUGGACAGCCUAUACUGAUCUGCCAGGCGUCCUUCCACAUGCUGCAGCAGAGCCCCCUGCAGCACCAGUUCACCAUGCCGGUGGUCCCUCAGCCUGAAGACCUCCUCACUAUAGAGGAGCUUAUUCACCUUUAUCUCAGCAAACCAGACCUAGCAGAGAAUGCAAAACGAGGCCUCAACAAACUGCUGGCUAAUGAGGUCCCCAUUGAGAUAAAGCCAGUCAACCCACCACACUUUUACAGACUCGCUGCAUCCGAGCCGAAGCAGCUGUUCUGGGUGCGAGCACGAGGAUAUAUUGGUGAAGGCAACAUGAAGCUGCAUUGCUGCGUUGCUGCUUACGUGUCAGACUAUGCAUUCCUGGGCACCGCGCUGCUGCCGUACCCCGACUACAGGGCCAUGUUCUCGGCCUCCUUAGACCACGCCAUGUGGUUCCACAGCACGUUCCGCAGCGAUGAGUGGAUGUUGUAUGAGUGCGAGAGCCCAUGGGCAGGGGGAAGCAGGGGACUGGUUCAAGGCCGACUGUGGAGGAGAGACGGGGUGCUGGCUGCCUCGUGUUCCCAGGAGGGUGUCCUGAGAGUGAAACCUGUCACACAGCCCAGCAAACUAUAGGCACCUUCCUCAGAUUGUUUCUACUGUUUAAUUUAUUUGUAAUCCUAAUAAUAUACAUUUCCUUUGAAUUAAUGAUUGUUUCAUUCUGAACAUGCAGAAAUGAAUUUUAUUUCCAGUCAAUAAAGAAUAUAAAUGUUA